UCUUCUUUUCUUUAUUGGAUUAUUGUCAUUGUAAUUGUUAGUUUUGCAUGUAAAUAGUUUGUGGGGGGAAAAAAAGAAAAGGUAAAGAGAGCUAAAAAUAAAUCAUGGCCUUCACGUCCAGUUCAAAACCCCACCUUUAACCGUUUAUCGCGCGGUAAACCGAAUAAGAUGAUUGUGUUGCAGAUGCAGUGUUUGUGUUAGUGUUUAUAACUGAUUACUGACACAUGAUGGACAAACUCCCCUCCUGAGUUCACGCUCAUGCUGGUAUGUCAUGGCUGUGGAGCCAAAGGUCUCGACAGAGCACGCAGCGUUCAUCUUCCAGUUCCCAAACAGGGCCACAUGUGAUUUGAAUCGUGUGUGUGUGUGUGUGUGUGUGUGUGUGUGUAGGAGGUUCCCAAGUAUAUUUCGACAUUAUGCAAUCGUCAGAUGGCUGCUGAUGUACUCGGAUCAUUUCUCAAUCUGAUCUAAUGAAACUGAGUUGUCAUCAUGUAAUUACGCUAAUUCUGACACAACCUUAAGGCAUUAUUAUUACUAUUCUGUUUAGCUACCUUUUAUUGUCAUUUUGCUACAAAUAAAUUGGAAGAAAAUGCUGAUUGAGUCCAGAUGGCUCAGAUAUACACCUGUUAUCAUUAAUGUUUGUGUUUAAUAUUUUUGUUUUUAAUUUCUCUCUGUCUCUCUCUAUAGAAUUUCUCAGUAGGAGACUGAGCCUGACCUGGACGUGGAUCCAGAUGAAAUGAAUAAAGUACCAGGACCCCUGUCCUCCUCACCCCUCCCUGCACCCUCCCCUAACCUGCCCCAGCCUAACUUCUCACCCACUCCACCCCCAUCUAUGGUUUUUGCCACGCCCACUCCUCCUCCAAUGAACCCCACAGCCCCUACCCGACAGCCGUACUACCCAGUUCGGCCUGCAUUACCCACAAACCCGGCCCGAGCCCAGGCAAGCUCCGCCCCCCGGCCCAUCCCUCCACCACACGGGACACACACCUCUCACGUCUUCCAGCCAGGCUCCCAGAUGAUGAUGAUCCCAUCGCAGACAAUCAGCUUUCCUAACUCACAGGGGCCCGCCUACUACAUUCCUGGUCAGUACCGCCCCUCGUAUGUGUCUCCUCAGCAGUACCAGGUCGCUGGGUCUCCAAACUUUUAUCCUGGAAGCAGUCCAGCUGAGUACGCUGGAGCGUACUACCCCGCCCAGCCCCAAUUCACGCCUCCUGUAGCCCCGGCACCUGUCUUAAUAAACCCUGCCCCCCAGCAACAGCAAGCCCCGCCCCCUCCACAGCACGCAGCACCGGCCAAACGAGAACGCAAACAGAUAAGGAUACGAGACCCUAAUCAAGGAGGCAGAGACAUCACGGAGGAGAUCAUGUCCGGGGGCCGCAGCGCCUCCACACCUACGCCUCCACAGUCGGCUCUACCCAUGUCAGAGGGCGGAGCCAUCACAGAGUCUAAUGGUGAGAAAGCCACACCUUCUGUCACAGCAGCCAGAGCAGAUGACAGGGUACAGCCUGUAGUGUCCCUAGAGUUCCCCAUUCCCCCAGGGGAAAGCCCUAUCCCAGAUGCUCCGCCCACCCCGCCUCCCACUAGCCCAAUCAGUGACACUGUUGAUGCCCUGCUUCCUGGCAUGGAAGAAGCCACGCAACCCAAAGAUGCAAAACAGCAGGAGCCAAAGUCCUCAUCAGGAGAGGUUCCUUCAAACAUUAACGGUUCUACUGAGAAUGGGGUGGAGCCAGCAGCGGUGUCUAUUCAUCUUCCUGUUUUAGGGGCGGAGCCAGCACUGGAGUCUCCAAUCGCACAGCCAGAGGAGCUGCAACUUGUAAACGGUUUAACUGCAGACGCCAACAGGGACGUCAGCCCUCUUGCCGAGCCUGACGUCAACAAAGAGGCUCCACCCAUUAUCGAGGAAUGCUCAACACGGACUACCAAAACUGCUCCUCCUGUCGUCAGGGAAACCCCCGCUCAGGUCGUCAGCGAGACGGCGCCACUUCCAGCCAUCAAGGAAUCUUGUGUCCCGAGUGUCAAAGAAAUGCCAGCUCUUAAGCCGACGCCCACUCCGGUCGUCGCUGAGAUUUCCACUCCUGUUGUCACAGAAACCCUGUCUGGUGUUGCCAAGGAUACCACCUCAUCAGCUGUCAAAGAGAUCCCUGCACCAGUUGCCAAGGUAACCCCCGCUCCAGUUAUCCUGGAGACUCUGGUUGUAAAGGAGACGCCUUCUCCAGUUGCCACAUUAACCAACGAGCCUAUUGUAAAAGAAACUGUUGUCGAGGAGCCUUGUCCUGUUACUAUGGAGAUCCCAGAACCAAUCGUCAAGGAAACCCCAAGUCCCCCUGCACCUGUGUGUGUUGCUGCUAAAGCCACGCCUCCUCCUGCUCCUGACCGAGUAGACACGCCCCCUCCACCAACAACGGCUCCGGAGAGCACUAUGCAAGCUGUUUCUGUGCCAAAGAAGAAGAGGAAGUUGAAGGACUUAAACAAGAAGGAGACUGGUGAUGUGCUGGAUGCCUUUAAAGAGCCACCACCACCAAAGCCAGAGGCCAUGGCCCCGGUAAAAUCAGAGCAGGCUGAGCCUGCCCCUGUAGCUCCACCCCCUGCAGAAGAAGUGGAGGAGACAUGGGAGGAGAAGGAGGAUAAGCUCGAUGCUGAAAACAUCCAACCGCCGACGAGUCCUGCACCAGCCACGCCCACUGAGCAGAAAUACCAGUACAAAGAGGAACAGUGGAAACCUCUGAACCCUGAGGAGAAGAAGAAAUAUGACCGAAAGUUUCUGCUGGGCUUUCAGUUCAUCAGUGCUAGCAUGCACAAACCAGAGGGGCUACCACACAUCAGUGAUGUGGUACUGGAUAAGGUGAAUAAAACUCCUCUGCGGCCGUUAGACCUGAGCAGGAUGAACUGCGGUCCAGACUUCACCCCCUCAUUCGCUAACCUGGGCAGACAGCCAGUCGGGGGACGGGGCCUGACUGUGGGUUUGCCCGGCCCAAGGCGCUCGGGUCAGUCCGGAUCCCGUAAGGAGCCGAGGAAGAUCGUCCUGUCCGGCGUGUCCCUUAAUGACGAUAUUCAGCUGAACAAGGCAGAAAAGGCGUGGCGGCGUGGGGGCGGAGCUGACAGCGACGACCCGGAGUCGGUGAAGACGCGGGAGCUGCUGCGGCGUGUGCGAGGUGUCCUGAACAAACUGACCCCUCAGAUGUUCCAGCCGCUGAUGAAGCAGAUCACGGAGAUGACCAUCGACACGGAGGAGAGGCUGAAGGGUGUGAUCGACCUAGUGUUUGAGAAGGCCAUCUCCGAGCCCAACUUCUCUGUUGCCUACGCUAACAUGUGCCGCUGCCUCAUGGGGUUGAAAGUACCUAUCACUGACAAGCUGGGAGUGACGGUGAAUUUCCGGAAGCUUCUGCUAAACCAUUGCCAGAAAGAGUUUGAGAAGGACAAGGAUGAUGACGUGACAUUCGAGAAGAAACAAAAGGAGCUAGAUGCUGCCACUGAUGAGGAGCUGCGUCAGCGUCUGAAGGAGGAGCUAGAAGAAGCGAAGGACGUGGCCCGGCGCCGCUCGCUCGGCAACAUCAAGUUCAUCGGCGAGCUCUUCAAGCUGAAGAUGCUCACGGAGAACAUCAUGCACGACUGCGUGGUCAAACUUCUGAAGAACCAUGACGAGGAGAGCCUGGAGUGUCUGUGCAGACUGCUGUCUACCAUCGGCAAGGACCUGGACUUCGAGAAGGCCAGGCCUCGUAUGGAUCAAUAUUUUAACCAGAUGGGGAAGAUCAUUAAAGAGAGGAAGACGUCAUCCAGAAUCCGGUUCAUGCUGCAGGACGUCAUUGACCUGAGACGGAAUAACUGGGUGCCCAGGCGAGGAGAUCAGGGCCCCAAGACGAUCGAGCAGAUCCACAAGGACGCCGAGAUGGAGGCACAGCGAGAGCAGAUAAAAGUCCAGCAGCAGCUCCUCUUCAAGAAGGAGGGACGAGGAGGAGGGGGCGGAGGAGGAGGAGGUGUGACCCUGGGCCCUCGGGGUGUUGGCCCCGCCUCACACCGUGGCAACCCACCACCAGACGAUGGCUGGAACACGGUGCCCAUCUCCACCAAGAACCGUCCCAUCGACACCACUCGCCUCAGCAAGAUCACCAAGCCGGGAGCCCUGGACUUUAACAACCAGCUACUUGCCCCUGGUGGCAAAGGAUCAUGGGGCAGCUGGGGCAGAGGGAGCAGUGGAGGCUCAGGGGCUAAACCCAGUGAUGGUGCUCAAGACUCGAGCCGUCCAAGCACACUGAAUCGCUUCUCCGCCCUCCAGCAGCCUCCUUCCUCCUCCUCAUCAUCUUCCUCCAACAUGGACACAGACAGGAGAGUGCCACAAAGGAGCGGCUCGAGUCGAGAGCGUGGUGACCGUCUCGAACGUGGUUCGGACCGAAACCGACCCGCCAUCAGUAAGCGCAGCUUCAGCCGAGAGAAAGACGAGUGGGAGCAGAGACCGGCCGAGACGGUGCGUCGAGUCGCCAGCAUGACUGAUGAGCGGGAACGAGCGAGAGAGCGUGAACGAGAGAGGGAGCGAGAACGGGCACCCAGCAAAGACAGUGUGAAAAGAGAACCUGUCUCCACACCAACAUCUGCGCCGUCUAAACCGGCUCUAAGCCCUGAGGAACUCGAGAAAAAAGCCACUGCCAUCAUCGAGGAGUACUUACACAUCAAUGACAUGAAGGAGGCGCUGCAAUGUGUGAGCGAGCUGAACUCCGCAUCGCUGCUCGAUGUGUUUGUGAGGACAGGAAUCGAGUCGACUCUGGAGCGCAGCACCAUCACCAGAGAGCAUAUGGGCUUACUACUGCACCAACUGGUCAAAGCUGGAACGCUGUCCACACAGCAAUACUACAAAGGGCUGAUGGAGGUGCUGGAGGUGGCUGAGGACAUGGCCAUUGACGUGCCACAUAUCUGGGUUUACCUGGCUGAGCUGAUCACUCCCAUACUGCAUGAAGGUGGGAUUCCCAUGGGCCCGCUCUUCAGGGAAGUGUCUAAGCCUCUGGUACCUAUCGGCAAAGCUGGAGCUCUUCUAGCACACAUCCUCACCCUGCUCUGCAAAGGAAUGAGCCAUAAGAAGGUCGGCGCUAUGUGGAGGGAGGCGGGGCUUAGCUGGAAGGAUUUCCUGUCUGAGGAUGAAGAUGUCAACAAGUUUGUGACCGAGAAGGGAGUGGACUACACACUGGGUGAGGAGUGUGUGAAAGUUGGUAGCAGUAGGAAAUCUCUGAGUAUGGAAGAGAUCUCCAAACAGUUGGACCAACUGCUGCAGGACAAAUCUGACAACAACCGCAUAUACAACUGGGUGGAGGCGAACCUGGACGAGCAGCAGGCUUCAUCGAACACCUUCGUGCGAGCUCUGAUGACCUCCGUGUGUCAGGCUGCUAUCAUUUGCGAGACCCCGUAUAAAGUGGACUCGAAAGAGAUUUCCCAGAGGGCCAAGCUGCUCCAGCGCUACAUUAAGGACGAGCAGAAGGAGCUGCAGGCGCUCUACGCGUUACAGAGCCUCAUGGUUCAGAUGGAGCAGCCGCCAAACUUGCUGCGGAUGUUUUUCGACGUGCUCUAUGACGAGGACAUCAUUAAGGAGGACGGCUUCUACAAGUGGGAGUCGAGCAAAGAUCCAGCCGAGCAACAAGGAAAGGGCGUCGCCCUCAAAUCAGUCACCGCCUUUUUCACUUGGCUCCGCGAGGCCGAGGACGAAUCAGACAACAGCUAAAGCUUUGGCUCCUUUCACAAUUUUACAAUCUUCCUGAAGUUGAAACAAGAUGCAGUUUUGAAAGCGCAAAAAAAUCGUGUUUUUUUUUUUUUUCUUUUCUUUCUUCUUCUUCGUUUUUUCCUGGUUUUAUGCUAAUGAAUGUUUUUUUUGAGCCGAAGCUGUUUAUAAAAAAAAAAAUCACAGAGAGGAUAAAGAAAUCUGGAGAUCUUGUUCCGUUAUCGCUUCAGUAGUUUUUGAAAUCAACUCGGUGUCACUAAAUCUCACACUCUUCGCCUAUGAUGUGUUGCUACAACAGCAUGAUUUAUCGAAAGCUGCUCAGAGCUCUAUAUUUUUUGAAACUCUUCGAAUGUCAGGUUGAGAGAAACUCUACUCUGCCUUGGAGAAUGAAGUGCUGUGUUGAUUUAAAAAAAAGAAUCCCCCCCCCUCCCCCUUGAUUUUGUUAAACAGGACAAAAAAAAGCAAAAUCUAGAGCUGUGAUUGUGGGGUUUAAAAGUGGGGAACGAACUGCUUCCUGACAGCUCUGCGUGAUGCAAAAAAAAAAAAAAAAAAAAAAGGAUGGAAGGUGAACUUUGACCUUUUUUUGCUGCUGCUGCUGCUGAGGGGGUGGAGUUACACUAACCACCACCCUGAACUUGUCUGUUUUAACUUUUGUCCACUUGUUUUAAAAAAAAAAAAAAAAAAAAAAAAAAAAAAAAAAAACGAGGACAAAAAAGCUGGUUUACUGAAUCUGUGUGAAUCGUGUAGUGCAUUUUAUAAAAUACAAUCAAUACUAAAACAGAAAAAAAAUAACUGAUUUACCGUAAAAGAUGCAAAAGUGUUAAAUAAAUAAAUAAAUAAAUAAAUACUUUUUUUUUUUUUUUUUUUUUUUUUUUAAAAAAGGAAGACAAAAACAGUACAAACGGUGUGAAAAUCUGUUUCCGGCUACCAUAACACAUUUCAGGAGAGUCCUGUAAAUAUUUUGUUUUUUUUGAUUGUUUUUGUUUAAACUUUUCAAUAAUAAAAAAAAAAUGCUAACUUUAA